AUGGCCAUGUCGCUCGAUCCGUCAGGAAACAUCAAGGACGACAAAACCAAAGUUCAAGGACGUGCCUUCAACGGCCAGAACAUCCAGAAGUGGGUGUUCGAGCCCGUACAAGGCACAACGGGAUACAGCAUCAAGAACGUAGCCUCCGGUACAUAUGUCGGGUUUGCCAGGGGCCAACAGGCUGAAAAGGACCAGGUUGUGACCGGUAACGCGAAUGUGGUCACCCAUGACCUCGUCGGAGAUGCAGGUACCGGCUACUUGAUCAUUCCUAACUAUCGGCCCACCUUUGCCCUUGACUUGCAAGGUGGCUCGCGCACUGAUGGAACUCCUGUCAUGUAUGGUAACCUGAGUUGGGGUGCCCAGAACCAACGGUGGAAGUUUGUUGCAGCUUGA